AUGUCAAAUCUGGAGACAUUCGUUCAACGCCACCGGAACAAUCUGAUUGCUGGCGCAUUGGCGCUUGGUAUCACUGGUGGUGCCUUGUAUUAUCUGUACAGCUCGUCCUCUCAAGCCGGCGGAGACUCCACUCCAGGAUCUCCGGGGGCCAAGAAGGCUAAAUCCAAGUCCAAGUCCAAGUCCAAGUCCAAGGGCAAGAAGAAGACUGGAUCCAAGUCCUCAGUGCUUUCUCACGGCUUCCCCACCGAGCAGGUCCCUGUCACUGACGGACCUCGUUACCCCGUAAUUGAGGAUAUGUCUGCGGUCAAGCAGCUCGACGAAAAGACUCGCAAAGAGAUUGCUGACGAGUUCAAGUUGGCAGGUAAUGCAGCAUUCAACAACAAGCUGAACGAUCUUGCUUUGGAGAUGUAUACUAAGGCUAUUGAAGUCUAUGAUUCUGACGCUAUUUACUACUCGAACCGUUCCGCUGUUUACGGUGCUCUCGAAGACUUCCCCAGCGUUGUCAAGGACACCACCAGGGCUCUGGAUUUGCGUCCGGACUAUACCAAGUGCUUCAACCGUCGCGGUUUGGCCUAUGAGAGACUCGAAGACUACAGCGAGUCUGUUAUGGAUUACACGGCUGCCUGCAUUUUGUCCAACUUUGAGGAUGAAAAUAUGGGCCGUGCCGUCGAUCGCGUCUUGCGCAAGCAGGCUGAGAAGAUUGUCGAGGAACGCUACAAGACCGCUAAGAUUGAGUGGCCCUCCCCCAGCUUUGUUUCUGCCUACUUGAGCUCUUUCCACAAGCGUGACUUGCCUGCCGACGUUGUUGAUGCUGAGGAAGGAACCCCCGAGUACGACGUCAAGCUUGCAUUUGACGCUAUCGACAAGGAAAAUCUGGACUCUUACAAGCAGGCCUUUGCUUACUUGGGUCAGGCUCUCGAGAAGGGUCUCAAGAACCCCGAGGUCCAGGCAUUGGCUCUUGAGUUCCAGGCUACUUUCAAGUUCCUGCUGAACGAUAUGGAGGGUGCUAUGCUCGAUAUUAACAACUCUAUUGAAUUGAACCCCACUGUUCAGGCUCUCAUCAAACGUUCCUCUUUGCACAUUGAGCUCGGACAGCUUGAACUUGCUAACGCCGACUUUGCCCGCGCUGAUCAACUCGACCCCAACUCUGCCGACACACAGUAUCAGCUCGCGCAGUUUGCUUUCCUCCAACAAGAUUGGGACACUGCUAUUGAGCAUUACAACCGCAGCAUCAAGAUUGACGGUGAUUUCUUGCUCGCUCACAUCCAGAGCGCCGUUACCAAAUACCGCAAGGGCGAUGUUGAAGUUGCCAAGCAUAAGUUUGAGCAGAUGGUCAAGAAGAAUGCUGACAACUCUAACGUGCACAACUACUACGGUGAGAUCUUGCUUGACAUGAAGGACAUUGACGGUGCCAGCGCCCAAUUUGAUGAGGCCAUUCGUUUGGAGCUUGCGAAGGACGUUGCUGCAAUUAAUGUUGUUCCUUUGAUUAACAAGGCCCUCGCUAUUGCUAGCUCUUCAACCGGCCCUGCAGGUAUCAACAGUGCCAUUGAGCUCUGCCGCAAGGCCGCUGCCAUUGACCCUGCUUCCGACGUUGCCAUCGGCACUCUGGCCCAGUUCUGCCUCCAGAUCGGCCAGAAUAGUGAAGCCAUUGAGCUCUUUGAGCGCAAUGCUGAUCUCGCCCGCACUCGUGCUGAGCAAAUCCAGGCCAUCACGUUUGCCGAGGCAUCCAAAACUCAGAACCGGAUCUCCCGCGAGCGCCCUAUUUUGCGUGAACGUUUGGAGAUUGCGUCGCGUUACCGCCAGUAA